AUGGCUACAGAAACCGAGACAAACGAUAUACGAAAUAGGGAAAUUAUUGGAGGACCUGAAAACGAAGAUACCGAUUUCGAAACUACAGUACGAGGAAUGCUGAAAGCUGAUUUUGAAGACUGGCCAAACGAAGCAGGAUUCGAAGGGCUAAAUGAGAUACGCGGUCCAGUAGAACUUUCUAUCAAAGGUUCCAUCCCGGCGUGGGCUUCUGGCACGCUGUAUCGCACCGGCCCCGGGCAGUAUAUUGUCGAAAAUACCCCGAAAGGCACAUUCCGUACCACGCAUUGGUUCGACGGCCUAGGCCAAUCACAUAAAUUUAGUAUUAUUCCCAAUUUCGAGAAUAGCGAUAGCGCUGUAAGGGUCGAAUAUACAUCUCGACGUCAGAGCCAGGCUCUAUAUGACGCUAUUAAGAAAGAUGGGAAAAGACCUGAUAUCGGCUUCGGGCAAAAGAUGGAUCCAUGCAUCGGACUAUUUGGCAAGAUCAUGAGCGUCUGGAGAGGAUCACCGAAACGGGAAGAUCCCAACUUUGACAAUGUCUCCGUUGCCUUCCAAGCAAACGUGCCCGGUUUGCCGUCGAAAACUAAGACGACCACGGAGUCUGGCCAUCGAGCAGGUAUCAAGACUCUAUGGCUGACUACAGAUAACGGAAACAUGAAAGAGAUCGACCAGAAUACCUUAGAGCCGAUAGGUAUAGCCAGACAGCAGGCGCUCCACCCGCUCCUUAGAGGUCCGCUGAGCUGCGCCCACGCCCAGAGAGAUCCGGAAACCGGCGACUACUACAACUAUAAUCUUGAAAUGGGCUACAAGUCAUCGUAUCGUGUCUUCCGCACAAGCGCGUCAACCGGAGUAACCGAAAUUAUAGCUACGAUAUCUGCCGUCGACGUGAAGCCGGCGUACAUUCACUCGUUUUAUCUCACAUCUUCAUUUGCCAUAUUGUGUAUUCCAUCAUCCCACCUCGGUACGAACGGCAUUCAAGUCCCUUGGAAGGGCAAUAUGGUCGACGCUAUCGAGAAUUUCGACUCGUCGAAAUUAUGUAGGUGGUUCGUCGUCGACCGUCUCGGCAACCGCGGUGUAGUUGCGAUGUUCGAUAGCCCGGCGGCUUUUUACUUCCACAGCGUAAACUCAUUCGAGGAGCGCGACGAAGAGACGGGCGACCUUAACGUGUACUGCGACGUGAUGCAGUAUCCUAAUCUUGACGUGAUAAGAGCGUAUGAAGUAGACGUCAUGCUUCAGAGGAACGGCGCGGCCAAGAAAUUCUGGGGCGACGAAGAGCGUAAUCGCAGCUGUCACGUUCGACUUACUCGAUGGAAACUUGGGAUCCCCAAAUCAGACACAAACGAUACGGAUGCAUUAGAAACUCGACGGGAUGCAAAGAAAAUGUUCGAAAUCAAAGCUCCGCAUGCUGGCGAACUACCUACGAUCAACCCGACAUACGCAACCAAGAAACAUCGCUACAUAUAUAGCAUAGCCAACCGCGGUUACAGCACCCUAUUCGAUACUAUCGUGAAGACAGACGUGUUAACACAUGGGACGACUUUCUGGGACAAUCCAAGCGGACACACGCCGGGAGAACCUAUCUUUGUACCGCGUCCGAGGUCACCUGGAGAAGGAGGCCUGGACGAAGAUGACGGCGUGCUCCUGAGCGUCGUGCUCGACGGGGCUGGUAAGACGAGUUAUCUGCUAUGUUUGGAUGCCAAGACUCUACACGAACUAGGACGCGCUGAGUGUGAUUUCGCUAUAGGGUUUGGGUUUCAUGGAAUGCAUUGGCCUGCUGCGGUCCCUACAACGUCCUAG